CUCUUGCUUUGAGCGAGAGAAGCAGCAAGAUGAGUCUGCAGAGAGUCAGCGGCUGCUUAGCACUCGGGUUCAUUGUGAGCUUCUUCUCAUGCUCGGCUGCUUCCCCAUCCCCUGAUGGCUUCCUCGCGUGCCUACGCGCCAAGAGCCUACCCAGCGAGCUGGUGCACACGCAGAGCUCCGGCAACUUCACCCACGUGCUGGCCUCUUCCAUCAGGAACGCCAAGUUCUUCACCAACGCCACCGCCAGGCCGCUCUGCAUCGUCACGCCCACCGACGCCUCCCACGUCCAGGCCGCCGUGCUCUGCGGCCGCGGGCAGGGCGUGCGCCUCCGCGUGCGCAGCGGCGGGCAUGACUACGAGGGCCUCUCGUACCGCUCGGCGCGGCCUUCUUCCGAGGCGUUCGCGGUUGUCGACCUCGGCGCCAACCUCCGGGCCGUGCGCGUCAACCGGCUCGAGUCCACGGCAUGGGUCGACUCGGGCGCCACCAUCGGGGAGCUCUACUACGCCAUCGCCAAGAGCGACUCCCGGCUCGCGUUCCCGGCCGGCGAGUGCCCCACCAUCGGCGUAGGCGGCCACUUGAGCGGCGGCGGCGUCGGCAUGAUGAUGCGCAAGCACGGCCUCUCCAGCGACAAGGUUCUCGACGCCACGCUGGUCAACGCCGACGGCGAGCUCCUGGACAGGGCCGGCAUGGGGGAGGACCUCUUCUGGGCCAUUCGCGGCGGCGGCGGCGGCAGCUUUGGCAUCGUGCUCUCGUGGAAGGUCCAGCUCGUGCAUGUCCCGUCGACGGUGGUGGCGUUCAACAUCGCCAAGACGGUCGAGCAGGGCGCCGUGGACAUCCUCACGAGAUGGCAGGACAUCGCGCCGUGUCUACCCACCGACAUCACCUUAAGGGUGAUCGUGCAGGGGCAGCAGGCCAUGUUCCAGGCCCUGUACCUCGGCGGGUGCGGCUCGCUUGUGGCGAUGAUGGACGAGCAGUUCCCGGAGCUGGGCAUGACGAGCGCCGACUGCCAGGCGAUGAGCUGGGUGCAGUCGGCGGCCACGCCCUUCCUCAGCUUCGGCGGGAACGGCACGCUGGAGGAGGCGCUCCUGAACAGGACCACCGGCCUGAGCAGGUCCAACAAGGUCAUGUCGGACUACGUCCGACGCGCCAUCUCCAAGGCCGCGUGGGAAGACAUCUUCCCCUGGUUCGCCAAGGCCGGCGCCGGGUUCAUCCUGCUGGAGCCCCACGGCGGGUUCAUGGGCAGCGUCCCCGCCGCCGCGACGCCGUACCCGCACCGGAACGGCGUGCUGUACGUGAUGCAGUACCUCGUGUCGUGGCCGCAGGAGGGCGGGGACGGCGGCACGGCGGCGACGGCAUGGAUCGAGGGCCUGUACGAGUUGAUGGGACAACACGUGAGCAAGAACCCUCGGCGGGCGUACGUCAACUUCCGGGACCUGGACAUCGGGCAGAACGACGACGAGGCCGGCGGGACGUUCGAGGGCGGCGAGGCGUGGGGCGAGCGCUACUUCGUGGGCAACUACCGGCGGCUCGCGGCGGUGAAGGCCGCCGUGGAUCCAACCAACUACUUCAGCAACGAGCAGAGCAUCCCGCCGUUGCGUUGAACGCGAGACGAGGUGACCAUGCGAGCGAGCCAGAGAUGCCAUGAAUCAAUCCUUCGUCAUGGGUUGGGCGGCCAGCCGGCUACUGCCUUUUGUGUACUGAGCCGAGAUGGCGAGAUAUCAGUUUACUUUCUUUUGCUGAAUAUAAACAAUGGAGUACCAUCGAGUUGUAUUUUCGUCAAU